AGAAUUACAUCUUCUGUAUUAGUCCGUUAACUCUGCUCGUUUCCCGCUUAACUGUGGCUUGAUAUUCGGACACCGGUCUUGUCGAAGUGUGUUUCCCGUGGGGUGGGGGUGCCUCCAUGGUUGGGGGUAGGACUAAUGUUAGGUCAUUAGGCGUGGCAGAGAUAACUAGUUGGGGUUUGGGUUACGUUUGUAGUGGAGUUAAGCAUCUCAGAAGACGAGUGGUUGUGCUAAGGGAUACAUAAAGUUCAGGUUAAUAUAAGGGGGCCCACAAACCUACAGGGGGACAUACUUUAACACAACACCGGGUCGCAUGGUAGCAUUUUAGGACCAACCAGAUUGUCAGAUAGCGAGCAGAGUCGCACUGAGAGGACCGCUAACAGUCUUUAGCUCGUCGCCAAACAGAGAAAGCUGAAUUAGUGUGCCUCUUCAGGGAAGUCCGCGCGACCUACCAAAGCGCUAUGCAGUGAAUAACCUCUGUAGGUCCACGUGUGUCGUUCUGGUUCUCAGACUUCGUCUGUUCUGUGCUCGAGACAUCCUGACCAGUUUUGUCCGCUCCAACCCAUGGCUUUUUUUUUUGUCCUUGGCUGGUAAUGUUUUAAAUCAGUAACCACUCAGCGCCAAGCUGGACCCGAAGACGUCGCCUCCCUAUACCUGCUCCACUGCCCCGCCCCCUAAACAGUCUUUCCAACCCAAAGCGCGGCCCCACGAUUCAGGGCUCCAGUUGGCCAGCGAGGAGGAGGAGGAAGAGCAGGAGGAGGAGGAGUGUUUCAGUGAAGCAAGUCUGCCUGCUGACCUCCAGGAGUCCACGGCCUCCUACCGAGAUGCAGAGACCAUUACUGAUGUGUGUAACAGUACUGAUUUGCCGGAGCUUGAGAUUAUCAGCUUAUUGGAGGAACAGCUGCCGGUCUACAAGCUGAGGGCCGACACCAUCUUCGGCUACGAGCAAGAUGAUUGGCUGCACACGCCACUGGUGGACCCCAACUCUUCCCUCGACCUGACUACUGAACAGAUAGAGGAGACCCUCAAAUACUUCUUACUGUGUGCUGACAGAGUGGGCCAGAUGACGAAGACCUAUAGUGACAUUGAUGCUGUCACUCGACUGCUGGAAGAGAAAGAGCGAGACUUGGAAUUGGCAGCUCGCAUUGGCCAGUCACUGCUGAAGAAGAACAAAGCCCUCAGUGAGAGGAACGAACUGCUGGAGGAGCAAGUAGAGCACAUACGAGAGGAGGUAUCUCAGUUGCGUCAUGACUUGUCCAUGAAAGAUGAGCUGUUACAGUUCUAUACCAGCGCUGCUGAGGAAAGUGAGGGGGAGUCUACCACCUCCACACCUGUGCGUCCCAGCGAAAACAAUGUGUCAACUCCAAUUUUUUUUCCCCUGGACUCGUUGCAGAAGAAACUCAAAGAUCUGGAGGAAGAAAACAAAUCUUUGCGCUGUGAGGCCAGUCAUUUGGAGACAGAAACUAUUUCCUAUGAGGAGAAAGAGCUGCAACUUGUCAAUGACUGCGUCAAAGAACUACGUGAUGCCAACGUGCAGAUUUCCUCUCUGGCUGAAGAGCUGGCCAGGAGGACUGAAGACGCCUCCAGACAGCAGGAGGAGAUCACACACCUUCUCUCCCAGAUUGUAGAUCUCCAGAAGAAGGCCAAAAUGUAUGCCGUGGAGAACGAGGAGCUGACUCAGCACUUAGGGGCAGCCAAAGACGCCCAGCGACAACUCACUGCGGAACUGCGAGAGUUACAAGAUAAGUAUGCAGAGUGCAUGGAGAUGCUGCACGAGGCUCAGGAGGAGCUGAAGAACCUGAGGAAUAAAACUUUACCACUCAGCACACCGAGGCGUUUCCAUUCUCUGGGUCUGUUCCCAAUGGACUCUCUGGCAGCAGAAAUAGAGGGCACCAUGAGGAAGGAACUUCAGAUGGAUGAUCCAGAUGUAGAGGAGCAGAGACUACACCCAAAGCGAGUGUUCCAGACAGUGAAAAACCUGAACCUGAUGCGUCAGCAGCGUUCAUCGCUAGCCCCCUCCCCCCUCAACAUCCCAGGCUCCAAUCAGACGUCAUGCCUCACCUCAGGGCUCUCCAGCAGGGUGGGCACGCCACGCUGCAACUCCAUAUAUGGCAGCGAGACAGGAAGUGGGAUCAUCCUGGACAAUCGGACUAGCAGUAUCCUGGAGGGUCCAGAUGAUGGGUCAGAGGACUCUAACAAGCGGACCGCUGGAACCCCAGGGACCCCGGGCAGCAGGGACCUGGAGGCAGCCCUGCGACGUCUGUCUCUCCGCCGAGACAACUACCUCUCAGAAAAACGCUUCUUCGAGGAUGAGAGGGCGAGAAAGCAGGCUUACCUGGCCAAAGAGGAAGAAAGGGGAGGUGAAGGAAGCAGUGGAGGCCUGGCGACACCGACCGAGAGCCUGUUGUCGCUGUGCUCGCAUCCCUCCUUAGGAAGCGCCUGGUCGGGCUACUCCUUCACAGCCAGAUCGUACCUGCCAGAUAAGCUGCAAAUUGUAAAGCCACUAGAAGGCUCUGCUACUCUCCAUGCAUGGCAGCAGCUAGCUCAACCACACAUGGGAGCUCUGCUGGAUCAUCGGCCUGGCGUGGUCACAAAGGGCUUCCGCACUUUAGCACAUGAGCAGGAACAGGAAGACGGCUGGCACCUGGACCAACCAGAGGAGGACGAGGUUUCAUGUGACUCAUUCACUGGCUUAUCAGGAGAGAGCUCUGUUCCCAUGGACCGGCCUUGCUCUACCUCUUCUCCUUUUGUCUGCUGCAUCAACAAUGAAGACGUUGAUGAUCAAAGCCAAUCGGAUAAAUUACUAGGAGACGUAUGCAGGGCAAGAGAAGCGAUUCAAGUCAAAGAUGGACAUGUUGCAAACAUGCCUCUUUCCUUCUCCUGCCCCUCCCCUGCUUCUUCUCCUCCUCUCCCCUCUUCUUCCGAGAUGAACGGGUAUGUGGACCUCAAGGAGCUCCAGGCCUUACAGCCCGCCACAGUGGACCGUUUGUCUGUUAAUUACCCCGGGAAGUGUAUGUCCCAUACUAACUCUACAUACACCUUCACCACCUGCAGGAUUCUCCACCCCUCUGAUCAGCUGACAUCUGUGUCACCAAGCUCCGCUCUCGCUUCUUGUCAGAGCAGUGCUUGCAUCGGCAGCCCUACCCCCAUCUCCUCUCCUAUACCCUUCUCUACCCCGCAUACACCUUCCUACAGCCCCUGCUGCACCCCACGUCGCCUCUCCCUCUCCCUUUCACUAGCCGAGUCCUCCACCAACCUUAGGGACUCGACCAAGACCACCAGCACUUCCCUCGGCCUGGUGCGCCUCCUGCUGGAACAUGGGAUUUCUGCCUCAGUGUAUGACCCCCGCAGCUGGGACCGAGGGUUUGACACCAGCGGAGCUUCAACACCCGUGGGAAGAACCAGCGCGCAAAGAAGCACCGACACACCAGAGGAGACUGACCACAGACGAGUGGAGAAACGCCCAGACAGCCUCCUCUUCCAGCCUUCCACCUCACCCAAAUACCCUGUUUCUAAUUCUCCCUUUUCUACCACCACCCGCCCAGCGUUUCAGUUCAGCCCUUCCACUGAUGACCCGCCAUUUUAUGACACCUUCCUUGCCUCAAAGCCGGCUCGUACCAUUCUGAGGGAAGUGCAGGGGGAGGCGGAGAGGGAGCGUGUGGGGCAAACAGGUGAUGACAGCCAAACCGAGAAGCUGAACCUGCGACUUGUGGACAAACUAAAACGUUUCCGCACCCUCUCCCAUCAUGCUGGUUCUGUUCCAUCUGGGAGUACUCUGUUAGCCCCCUUUGGCUCGACUGGAGUUGGGAACAGUGCACUGGGUGGGGGGCUUCCAGGUUUGAAUGCAGGGCUAAGGAGGAAUCGAAGCUAUCCUGCCAUGGUAGGAGCCAGUAUGGCUAUGAAAGACCCAGGAGGCCCCCCCAGCGCAGAGAUAGUCAUACCACAUAUGAUGCAAACCCCACAUCCCCAGCACACACAGGAAAUGGACAAAAUGCAAAGAAGUCACACACUGGCCAUACCACAGACACUACAUGAACUAGAAAUGGUCACACAGACGAUAAAACCGGGACGCACCAGGCCAAGCGAUGGACUGUGGUAUUUAACAUGCGAUGACCAACACAGUGACGAUGAAACUGGGACAUAAUAGGAGAUAUUCAAAACCAAAAAUCCUACAUGACUAUAUACAUAUCCUUCAGCUUUAGAGUAUGCCCAGACCAAACAUCUAGAGUGAUGAGCAGUGUAGUCCACCUACAGACUCAACAAGUUCAGACUCUGGAUUUCAACAGUCAGUAAAAUUAAUGAAAUGGUGGUGACUAAGUCUGUCACUGUUACACUGUGUUAUAUCCAUAUACUGUCAGACCAGACUAAUGAUUGAGUAUGUUGCCUUCCUUUGUGUCCAUUGUAAUCGUAUAUUGUAUAUGCAAUAUACUGUGUCAUAUUAUGUGAAAGGCCCAAUCUGGUGGAAGUACUGCAGAGCCUCUCAUGUCCCUUCUCAUCCUGUAUGAGUGCACUUUAGAAAAAAAACAAGACAAAAAUUCUCUUCCAUUGUAAAACUACAGCUGCUACUCCUGAAUGGAACUAGCCUAUAACCAAACCCUUUAAAUGAAUUCAACAAUGUUAGAAAAUUAAUCAAAGUGAAAAACAUUGUCAGUUUAUAUUCAGGCCAUUAAUUACACUGGAGUUUUAUUGUCACAUACAAUGGCAUUGGCACAAGAGAUUCUUUUCUAACAACAAACCUUCUCCCUCCCCUCCCCCACCUCUAUAUACUGUAUGUAAUCUGUAAUUUCAAAAAUACUCCAGAUUGGGCCUUUGAUGUAUGAUCUUGAUGUGACUCACUGUUCUUAUGUGCCUAAAAGUAUACAGUAGCUUUGUAUUAUUUGAUUACUUUAUUAUUUGAAUGCAGUAGAGAGUGUGUAAAUGAGAAUAACUGCAGAAUAAUCUACCAGAACCUACUGAGGGGCCGCACACAUGAUCAUUCAUGUCUAUUUUUGGCUCAUUGUUUUUGCCUCCUUAUGUGUUUGGGCUCAUUUAGAAUCCACAGGGACAUGUAGCACAUUAACGGUAAUGAAGAACAGGUUCCAGCUAUACAAACACUUGUUAACACUGUGACUACAGAAAACAAGAGGCAGACCUGCAGAAAAACGCAAAACUUGCUAAGUCAGAUUCACUUUUUCCAUAUUGCCUGUGUAAGCCUGUAUCACACACUGUAUACAUACAAUUUAUUUUGUCAAACUCAAACAAGCGUGUGGGUUAAAAAAUAGCAAUAUUAAGCAUUAUAAAACAUUUUUUUCUGAAUGUAACUGUUAAAGGAGUGACUUGAAUUAUCCAAAUGUUGGUUCUAAAGAGCAAGAGACUGAACUUGUAUCACACUUUGUUGCUAAAGGGACAUAUUUGGUAUUAUUGACCCAGUUCCAGUGUCCUGCAUAGGGAACACCCAGACAUCUCCUACACUUUCCAUACAUCUUACUAAGCUAUAGGGCUGGCCAAUUUAUCUCUUACAUCGAUAUAGUGAUGAGACUAGGUGUCGUCUUAGAUUUAGGAUAUCAUAAUAUGACAAGUGGGUGUUCCUGGUUUUAAAGGCUGCAUUACAGUGAAGCGAUGUACUUUUCUAAACUUACUAGACUGUUCUAUUUUCAUUUUCUUCACUUAGACAUUAUUUCCAAAUUACUGAUGAUUAUCUAAAAUCUAAGUGUGAAGAUAUUUUUUGAAAGCACCAAUUAUCAACACUACAAUAUUGUAACAAUAUCGAUAGAGGUCAAGAAUUUCCUGAUCUCUGAUUUUCUACCUAUUGCCCAGCCCUACUAAGCUAUAUUUGAAAAAAGAGCAACCCUAAGUUUUACUUUUCCAGAUUUAACAUCGGACCCAUUAAGUAUCCCCGUGCUGAUCAUGCUGAAGAUGGACAUUGGGACUGGGCCGCUGACUGUUUGUCUGACCGGAAGUGAAUGAAAGGACAAAAUGGCUGGCGAUGAUGCUGGCAGUAAUCCGUUUAAAUCUUUAAUGAUUAAGGGGUUAAACUUGCAAUGUUAUUGAGUGGCAGAUUAAUAAUCAUUAAAUAUAUUUAUUAAAUCCUUGGAUUAUUAGAAGCACGCAUACCGGAAGGUCCAUUGUAGGUUUAGAACUUCUGCAGAUUGUAUUUAUAUUUUUUAACCGGGCGCACUGACAUUUUAAAUCCUUUUCAUUGGACAGUUUGGGUUAACUAGUAACAUGGCUUCAUCAAACUAUUUCCAUUUAAAACAAUGGGUACGGUUAGCUGUUCACGGUUACAACACACUGAGGCUGUCCAUUGCUUUAUAACUGGGGGGGGGGGGUUUACAGUAUUUAAGAAUGAUACCAAGUGCUAAGACUGAAGCAACUACAAGUUGGUGUGUGUGGUUGCUGUUUUGUGUGUCGACUGAAUCAUCUGAAUGUAAGUUAUUACAAACAGUAAUCCUGCUGUAGGGCCAUAUACUUGUGUACAUUAUUAUGUUGAUUUAUCUUCAGUUCCUGUUGACCUCAGAAGGGGAAUUAUUAUUAAAUUGUAUAUGUAUGCAAUACAGUCAUGCUAACUUUAUUUUUUUUUUAAGAUAAAAUGUAACAGUAGAACACAAAUACAGGGAUUUAAGUUGUUUUAUUUUCAGUAUAAACCUUUCUGUUCAGGGACUGAAGUGUUCUAUUCUACAGAACAGACUGUACCGUCAAUAAAAAUGAAUUCAUGAA